AUGAUCGUACGAUCAAGUGCAGUGCUAUCGUUGCUUGGGGCAUUCUUGCUUGUUAGGGCCGCGCCCCAUGGCGGUCAUGAUGGUGAAUUUCGUGACACAAAGUACGACGAGCAGUUGAAACAUGUUUCCAAAGUGGGCAAUACUUACGUAGCUGCACUUGAAGUGUACGACAACCCACCGGAUCAAGACAACGCCCGUAAGGAAGUGGAUAACUUCCCUUCAAACAUUUACAGCAAGUACGACGGCUUGCAGCAUAAGGUGAAGAGCUUUUUCGAUGCCGAGCCCAUCAUCGAUAACAUCAGGGAAUCGGAUAAAUACGGCAACACUGGGGAUCAGUUUUACUUCAUCACGAAACCGCUGGUGGAAACGACCGCCAAGGUGAACAUGUUUAUCAACUCAGUGAUAGCGGCUCCAAAGAAGCUACUCAAUGGUUUGCAGAAACAGGCAAAUGAUAAACUGAACGACAUCGGAGGGGCAUUAGUUGGUUUGAGGCGAUAAUCUAGAAAAAAUGGCGCAGCCAACGAUCUGUUUUUGCAUAGGAUAAUGAGUACGAAGUCCUUAGAGUGUGUUCUGGUCGAUCGUGAAGG